CUCUGCCGCUUGUCAUCUCCCCUCUUUCGAUUUCCAGGCACGGCGCGGUGUCGUUUUCUUUUUUUUCCCCGUGGCGUGGCGUGGCGAGGCGAGGCGAGAAGGCUGCGUUUUCCUUCCCGCACUACUUUUUCCUUUCCGUUAGGGAGGAGAAAAGGAGCCCACCCACCACAAAAACAACCCCAGAGUAAACACUUAGCCGUACCUUCGAACCGAAACGGAGCCUACCCUCCAUCUAUCGUUAUCUCCUCCCGCGGCUUCUCGACCGAAGAGGAGAGAGAGGGAGGAAAAGAGAGGCUGGAUUUGUUUCGAAGAGGCGCCUCCUAUAGCUACUUACUUACUUCUUCUCUUCUCGCGCGCGCUGCCGUUAUAUAAGACAUUUUCCCUUUCGCGCUCUGUCUCGUGGACUCCGAGCUCGAGCUUAUGAGGCUAAAAACGCCCAGUUGAGUGCAGUUUGGCGGCGGACUGGCGCUAACCGAACUUACUUUCCCCAGGCUAACUAACCGAGCGCCAUUCUGUCAGCGGUCUCCGUCGGAAGAAGUGUGUGUCUGUUAAACCUUGUGGUCAGAAACGUACAUAUCGAGCUGCUGUGAGUUUUUUUUCUGGAGUUGAGGUGUUUGUUUUCUCUUUUGAGAGAAAAAAAACGACUUGUUUAUUCUCCUCACGCCACCGUGUCGACGGAGGGACGUUUCUCCUCUGACGGUCUGGUUUAGAUACUCGAAGGAAAGGAGCGUUUUUUUCCACACAGAAGACUCGGGAGACUGGACGUACUUUCAUGCAGUGAAGAAGAAGGAGGAGGAGGAGCAGAAGGAGGAAGGUCCCGGGAGUUGCACGUUUCUCUGCGGUUUCCCAAUGCCCUCUUCUCCCUGACAGGAAGGCCAACAGAAAAGUUGCUGUGAGCAGAAGAAAGCCUGGGCUUUAAAGAUGUGGUAACAUGCUCACCCUACCCAGCUUUUUUCUUCAGAGGUCCUUCCUCUAAUGGUCCUCUUCAACUUUCUGCAAGAAGACAGCAGGACUCUUCAUUCGUUUCUGCAGAACCUGAAAUCUGUUGAACCUGUUAGAAAUCUGCCAUCCAUCAAAAGCAUCCCUCUUCUGUGAAGUUAAAUUUUGCGACAGACCCACCCACAAAGUAUCAGAAGUAGUGGACUGAACCACAGCCAGGGAUACGAAAAUGGCCAACAACACUGCGGACCAUCUGCCAGGGAACUCGGUGGCCGAAGGCAACCAUGAUGGGGACUUUGGCUGCACGGUGAUGGAACUUCGGGAGUUGAUGGAGCUCAGGAGUGCAGAGGCGGUUGGCAAGAUCAGAGAUGUCCAUGGAGAUGUGCAGGGAAUCUGUCGCAGGCUGAAAACCUCCCCCAUUGAAGGGCUGUCUGGAAAUCCAGCAGACUUGGAAAAGCGCCACACGGCAUUCGGGAAGAACUUCAUUCCUCCUAAGAAGCCCAAGACCUUCCUGCAGCUGGUGUGGGAGGCGCUGCAAGAUGUCACCCUCAUCAUCUUGGAGAUAGCAGCCAUCAUCUCACUAGGCCUGUCUUUCUACCACCCACAAGGAGAUGACAGUGAUGCAUGUGGCCAGGCUGUUGGUGGUGUGGAGGAUGAAGGUGAGGCUCAGGCUGGCUGGAUUGAGGGUGCUGCCAUCCUGUUCUCAGUGAUCAUUGUUGUGCUGGUGACUGCCUUCAACGACUGGAGCAAAGAGAAACAGUUCCGUGGGCUGCAGAGCCGCAUCGAGCAGGAACAGAAGUUCACCGUCAUCCGCAAGGGCCAGGUCAUCCAGAUACCCGUGGCUGAGAUUGUGGUUGGAGACAUCGCUCAGAUCAAAUAUGGUGACCUCCUUCCUGCAGAUGGUAUUCUGAUCCAGGGCAAUGACCUGAAGAUUGAUGAAAGCUCACUCACUGGAGAGUCUGACCAGGUCAGGAAGUCUCUGGACAAAGACCCCAUGCUGCUGUCUGGAACUCAUGUAAUGGAAGGUUCUGGGAGGAUGGUGGUAACUGCUGUGGGCCUGAAUUCCCAGACUGGAAUCAUUUUCACCCUUCUUGGAGCUGGCGGUGAAGAGGAGGAGAAGAAGGUGAAGAAGGGUAAAAAACAAGGAGCCCCCGAAAAUCGCAACAAAGCUAAGACCCAGGAUGGCAUUGCCCUGGAGAUUCAACCGCUGAAGAGUGAAGAGGGGGCUGAAUCAGAGGAGAAAGAGGAGAAGGAGGAGAAGGAGAUCAAGAAGGUCAACGUCACCAAGAAGGAGAAGUCAGUGCUGCAGGGCAAACUGACCAGGCUGGCCGUGCAGAUCGGAAAAGCAGGUCUAAUCAUGUCUGCCGUGACAGUCAUCAUCCUCAUCUUGUACUUUGUCAUCUAUACGUUUGGAGUGAACAAGCAAGAAUGGAAGGCCGAGUGCACGCCUAUUUAUAUCCAGUACUUUGUCAAGUUCUUCAUCAUUGGUGUGACAGUGCUGGUGGUGGCUGUUCCUGAGGGGCUACCCCUUGCUGUGACCAUUUCUCUGGCCUAUUCUGUCAAGAAAAUGAUGAAAGACAACAACCUGGUUAGGCACCUGGAUGCCUGUGAGACUAUGGGCAAUGCCACUGCCAUCUGUUCUGACAAGACUGGCACGCUCACUAUGAACCGCAUGACCGUGGUGCAGGCCUACAUAGGUGACACACACUACAAGACAGUACCAGAGCCUGAAGCCAUCAACCCUGAGAUUUUGGAGCUCAUGGUGAACAGCAUCUCCAUCAACUCGGCAUACACCACCAAGAUUCUGCCCCCAGAAAAGGAAGGUGGUCUACCGAGGCAUGUGGGUAACAAGACAGAAUGUGCCCUUCUUGGCCUGGUGCUGGAGCUGAAGAGAGACUACCAGCCCAUUAGAGAUGAGGUUCCUGAGGAGAAACUCUACAAGGUCUACACCUUCAACUCCUCACGCAAGAGCAUGAGCACAGUUCUUAAAAACGCAGAUGGCUCGGGAUUCCGCAUGUACAGCAAGGGCGCCUCUGAGAUCAUCCUUCGAAAGUGUUCCCAUAUUUUGGAUGCUGCAGGCCAGCCCCGCGUCUUCAAGCCCAAGGACCGGGAUGAGAUGGUGCGUAAAGUGAUCGAGCCUAUGGCCUGCGAUGGCCUGAGGACCAUCUGCAUAGCCAAGAGGGAUUUCACAGGCGAUGAACCUAACUGGGACAAUGAGGCCGACAUCCUUACUGACCUGACCUGCAUAUGUGUGGUGGGCAUUGAAGACCCUGUCCGUCCCGAGGUUCCUGAGGCCAUCGCCAAGUGUCAGAGGGCCGGUAUCACUGUACGCAUGGUUACCGGUGACAACAUUAACACUGCGCGAGCCAUUGCUACCAAGUGUGGCAUCCUGUUGCCUGGAGAAGACUUUCUCUGCCUGGAGGGCAAAGAGUUCAACCAACAAAUCCGCAAUGACAAAGGAGAGGUGGAACAAGAGCGUCUUGAUAAGGUUUGGCCCAAACUGCGUGUCCUGGCCCGUUCUUCUCCAACAGACAAGCACACUCUGGUAAAAGGCAUCAUUGACAGCACAGUGGGAGAGACCAGACAGGUGGUGGCAGUGACGGGAGAUGGAACCAACGAUGGACCUGCUCUCAAAAAGGCUGACGUUGGCUUCGCUAUGGGCAUUGCUGGGACAGAUGUAGCUAAGGAAGCCUCUGAUAUCAUCCUGACUGACGACAACUUCACCAGCAUUGUGAAAGCUGUGAUGUGGGGCCGUAAUGUGUAUGACAGCAUCUCCAAGUUUCUGCAGUUUCAGCUUACCGUCAAUGUGGUGGCCGUCAUUGUUGCUUUCACUGGGGCCUGCAUCACACAGGACUCUCCACUAAAAGCAGUGCAGAUGCUCUGGGUGAAUCUGAUUAUGGACACGCUGGCCUCCCUGGCUCUGGCUACUGAGCCACCCACCGAGGCUUUGCUCUUGCGCAAACCCUAUGGCCGAGACAAGCCUCUAAUUUCCAGAACCAUGAUGAAGAACAUUCUGGGCCAUGCCGUCUACCAGCUAGUGGUCACAUUUACUUUGCUGUUUGCUGGGGAAAAGUUCUUCAACAUUGACAGUGGGCGUAACGCUCCUCUCCAUGCUCCCCCAUCUGAACACUACACCAUCAUCUUCAACGUCUUCGUCAUGAUGCAGCUCUUCAAUGAGAUUAAUGCCCGCAAAAUUCACGGGGAGAGAAAUGUCUUUGAUGGCGUCUACCGUAACCCCAUCUUCUGCAGCGUUGUCCUAGGAACCUUUGCCCUACAGAUCAUCAUCGUGCAGUUUGGAGGGAAGCCUUUCUCUUGCACAGCUCUAACCCUGGAUCAGUGGCUGUGGUGCAUUUUCAUUGGUGUUGGGGAGCUGCUUUGGGGCCAGUUCAUCUCAGCCAUCCCCACGCACCGCCUCAAGUUCCUGAAGGAGGCCGGUCAUGGUAUCACAAAGGAGGAGAUUCAGCAGGAGGAGCAGACAGAGGACGUGGAUGAGAUUGACCAUGCUGAAAUGGAGCUGCGUCGGGGCCAGAUUCUGUGGUUCCGAGGCCUCAACCGCAUCCAGACUCAGAUGGACGUGGUUUAUACAUUCCAGUCGGGCCAAACGGCGGUCCCCGGUGCCCUACGCCGCCAGCCCUCGGUGGUCAGCCAGCACAACGACAUUAAGGUGGUCAACGCUUUCCGUAGCUCCCUGUACGAGGGCCUAGAGAAGCCAGAGUCUAGAAGCUCCAUCCAUAACUUCAUGUCCCACCCUGAGUUCACACCCCUGUCUGAGGAGGAAGUGCGGGUGCCCGUGAUCGAGGAGAGCAGUGUGGAGAUCGAGACACUCCCCUCUUCUUCCUCAUCCUUCUCCGCAGCCACGAGUUCUCUGUCUGACCAGAGUCAGUCCACUUCUUCUUCCACCUGGUCUGCUCUUGCAAGCACCCACCCACUCCCACUCACCCCACCUCGCCUACCAACCCCACCCCGCCUUCCCAGUGCCCUCUUACCAUGCCUACCGGACGUCAGGGUCUGCCGACUUACACCCUAAAGGCAGAGACCCAGGACGGGCAACGGGUCAAAGUGACCCCUUCUCCUCUCCUGGCCCCCUGCAUCCCCCCCUCGUUUCCUCCUCAUUGCACUGUGGUGUGUGGGCGCUCUGAAAGAAGUACGCAUGCCGUCGCCCCGGCCUGUGCCACACGCACGGCUUAAACUCACCUACGAGAGGGCGGCUAUUCUUCUCUCAGCCUGUCAUUGACAUUGUAUCUCUUUUGCAGGUUUGUUUGUUUCUUUUUUUGACAUUUUUAUGCUAUCUCCAUGACUUAUGUGUCCCAGGACAUCUUCAUAAUGUUCGUUUUAACUUUCAGACAUACAACUUGAAGCAUACAGUACAUGUGCAGUUAUGCUGUUCAUACAUGGUUUUAUUUCACUUACAUCUUCUGGAGAUUUUGAAACACAUGGGCGACGUACAUCACUAUUUAGUAGUGUCUUUAUAACUUUUGCCCCGUAUUAUUAUUAUUGUUAUUAUUAUUAUAAUUAUUAUUAUUAUUUUUAAACUGCUACUUAUAUGGAAUGUCUUAAGUGGUUCGGACACACUACAUUCUUGUCAUUUUUCAAAUACAUUCAGUCAUGUAUGAUGUUCUUGAGUGUAGCUCAUCCUUGGUUUGUCUCUCUUUAGUUUAUUAUUUUUGGUUUGCAUGUGCAGACCUACAGCUGCUGCAGUGAAAGCAGAGCGAAAGAGUUAUGAGAAAAGCAUAUUUGAUUCCAGCUGGUUAGGAAGAGCGCCCCCUGUUUGGUGCAGAGAGGCGAGGUGGGCCAACCAACAUCAUCUCAUCCCAUCACGUCCACUGGGUCUCUAGUCUCUUGUAGUAAAAAAAAUUAAAAAAAACAAAAACAAAACAGCGGCCCCUCCAACUGCCUCAAAAACAAAAGUUGUAAUCUGACGCCCCUUAUUGAUUCAAGGUACAGCACGUCACCGUAGAAAUGCAUGUAACUUUCUGUAGUUUCACCUGUGUCUGACUUUAUGAGAAAUGGGUAUUUUUUUUUUCUUUUCGGGUAUAGUUCUUUUAUUUUUUAUUGGUUCACAAAUGAAUUGCGUGUGGGAGUGGGUGUGCCUGCAUGUGUGUGUAUGCGUGUGAGUGUGUUUGUGUACAAUUUCAAAUUCUGCCAUUUGAGUCUUUUUUUUCUAGCUUUCUAAUCAUUUAAUGUUCAGCUUUAGACUGUACCCGACGCUCUGCCCAAGGCAUGAUCAGUUGCAAAGAUGACAACAUGGGGAUCCAUGCUUGGCUCCACUGCCAUUCCUAAUACUCUUCCUACAAGUGUUGGGCUGCAGCACAUAAUCCACAUGCUUUUUACUGUUUCAAAGAAGAGAAAAUAAAAACCAAACAAAAAAAUGCAUAAUUAACCAAUGAGUAUUAUGCAACCCAAAGCCUUGGUCGAGCCCUGUGAAUGGCCUGUUAGCGGAGCAGAAAGCCUGGAUUACAAAGCAUAGCUGCCAGCUUUUAAAAGAGCGUGGCAUGCACGACAUGUGCUUUUAAUUACCAGAAUCGUAGUACUGCCAUAUUCCAGUCCUAUCUUCAUACUGAUCUAGGUUAAACGGAAUCCUCGAUAUACUCCUUUUUCUACUUGCUCAGAGCCAUAUUUUAUAGGUUGUUCUUUUAUAUCUCACCCCGCUUUAUUUUCUGUGUUUUUCUUUGCUUUAUAUUUCCAGACAAAAUCAAAGACGCCGAGAGUCACUGCCUAAAAAAUAAAUUAAUAAAUGAAAUAUAUAAA